AUGGAAGAUCUCAUCAGAGCUAUCCGGACAACGCCAAUAAUCGACAAUCAUGCCCAUCCUCUACUCACAUCAGCAGCACAGAAGCAAUACCCGCUCCUUGCAAUAACAACUGAAGCUCAUGGAGAUGCUAUGAAAGCCACGCCGUCGUCACUAUCUCACAUCCGCGCUGUAACCCAAUUGUCUAAGAUUCUAGGGUGCCCGACCAGCUGGGAAGCCGUUGUGCAGUCGAUCGAGGUCCAAAGACUGAAACCAGAUAAUACCUGGGCAAAGCGAUGUUUGGAGGGCGUUGAGACAAUCCUGGUUGACGAUGGCCUGGAUGGCAAGGAGGAUGUUUUUGAUUACUCGUGGCACAAUCAGUUGACGAGGAACAAUUGCAAGCGGAUCGUGAGGAUUGAGAAAGUGGCUGAGGAGAUUAUUGAGCACCUUCUUAACAAACACACCGUGACGCUUGGAGUUGCAUUCCAGAUAUUCAAGAACCACUUUGUUAAUAGUAUCAAAGAGGCUAUUGCGGAUCCGGAAGUUGUCGGUUUCAAAUCUGUUAUAUGUUAUCGAACUGGUCUUGACAUCUCGGACUGUCCAGAGGAAGAGUUUAUUCUGGAAUUCAAGAGUCUCUUCUCCGAUUUGAAGGCUCAAAGUGCCACCGAGUUCAAGAGAAUUGACCGCCAAUUUAUCAACUCGUCACUGGUAAACUUGACGGCUGAGUUAAUCCAGGCAGCUCCGGGCCAUAAAAAGCCGCUUCAGUUCCACACUGGCCUGGGCGAUAACGACAUUACACUCUCUCGGUCAUCUCCAUCUCACCUGCAACCCUUCAUCAGGAAGUAUCCGAAUGUUCCAAUUGUGUUGCUCCAUGCAAGCUACCCUUGGACCAAGGAAGCCGGAUAUCUUGCAAGUGUUUAUGACAAUGUCUAUGCGGAUAUAGGUGAGGUAUUUCCAAUGGUCAGUAAAGAUGGGCAAGAACGAUUAGUUCGUGAGAUCUUGGAGCUAUGCCCAACCGAAAAGGUCCUUUGGAGCACGGAUGGGCAUUGGUUCCCAGAAACGUAUUUGCUCGCAGUAAUCCAAGUCAGAGAAGUGCUAGAAGUGGUACUCUCCGAUUACGUGCGCAAGAACAUAUUAAGCGUCCCGCAGGCAGUCAAGGCCGUGGAGCAUAUUCUCUUUAGGACGUCUAAUGAUCUAUAUGACCUCGGCCUGCCACUAAAACCACUUCCUUUAAAAUUGUUACCUCCUUCUCAGCCCAAGACUUCUGAUUUUCAGCUCCUUACAGCAUUCCUAGAAGAAUAUCCAGAUACCAAAUUUCUUCGUCUUCAAUACUUAGACUACACAGCAACUCCCCGACUGAGGGUAAUUCCUAUCAGGCGAGCGCUCGCCGUUCUUCAGAGCCACGACCACCUCUCGAUUGGCAUCACCAAAGCUUCUCUUGGAAUUCUACAAAAUGAUACGAUGGUACCAGGAGUUACUGCGACUGGAGAGUACAAGCUCCAGGCGGUGCUCUCUUCUAUACGACCGGGCCCAUGUAAAGACUAUGCUUCCGUACAGGGCGAAUUCUGUGAAUACGAUGGCUCAGGGGCGGAGCUUUGUCCAAGAUCGAAACUCCGCUCCGUCCUCGAAAAUUCCAAAUCCCGCGGGCUAGAAUUCCUUAUCGGUUUUGAGAUCGAGGUCGUUUUCCUAUCCCGGAUUACCCCUGAAAGCUCUUAUACCAAGCUCUCUGAUUCUGAUGGCCACGCCUGGAGCUCGGCACGCGCUCUCCGUGGGGCCAAGAUUCUAGACAUGCUCAACGAGAUCUACGACAGUUUGUGUGAUGCUGGCAUAUAUCUCGAGCAAUGGCAUCCUGAAAGCGCAACAGGGCAAUAUGAAUUCGUACUCCCAUCGCUCCCUCCGCUCCCAGCGGUAGACUCGCUGCUCCAUGCCCGUGAGAUCAUCAACACAGUAGCGGCAAAGCACUCCCUACGAGCGACUCUUCACCCCAAGCCUUUCGAGAACCAGGCCGGUACCGCAUCUCAUGUGCAUAUAUCUAUCUCAUCACCUAACGGUAAUGCGCCGGAGACAUUCGAGCCUUUCUACGCAGGGAUUUUAGCCCAUCUUCCAGCCAUCGUGGCAUUUACAUAUAGUAAUCCUGCUAGCUAUGACCGCAUUGUGGAUGGGUAUUGGGCUGGUGGAAGUUGGGUUUCAUGGGGGACACAGAACCGUGAGACGGUGCUCAGAAAGAUUUCUGGCUCCCACUGGGAGGUUAAAUGUCUAGAUGGGCUGGCGAAUAUAUAUCUUGCUAUGGCAGCACUUUUGGCUGCUGGAACACAGGGUGUUGUUAAGCGCGAACAGUUGGCAUGGGUGGAUUGCGAGAAAGAUCCCGCCGACUUGGAAUACGAGGAGAGGGAGAAAUUGGGCGUGCAUACUAUGUUACCUAGGAACCUCGAUGAUGCACUAGCUGAGUUGGAAAGCGACGAGGAGUUUAUAGGUAUUCUGGGGAGGCGGCUCGUGGGGAGGUACCAGGCUGUUAAGCUGGCAGAAAUGAAGUUGCUUAGCGAUAUAGAUGUCUCUAAGAGAUGGGGAUGGAUUGUUGAGCGUUAUUAA